AUGGUUCACAAGGAGCUGGCUGCAGAUACAACUACUACAGGUGCAGGUGGUGGUGUGCUUAGAAAUCAACAAGAUUGGCACCGUUCAGGAUUUGUUGGUAAACUCAGGAAGCAUCUUCCGCGUACCUUUGGUUGUUUGAAAAAAGAGGUGAAGUAUUCAUACACAAAGUUUAGUGAUAUCAAGGGGAUCGAUGGAGCUAAAGCCGAGUUCGAGGACAUAAUCCAGUACUUGAGUGACCCCAAGCGUUUCACACGCCUCGGCUGCAGGCUUCCAAGAGGUGUUCUGCUAAUCGGUGCACCUGGCACGGGGAAAACAAUGUUGGCAAGGGCUCUAGCUGGGGAAGUCGGCGUCCCAUUCUUCGCGUGCAGUGGCAGCGAAUUCGAGGGGGAGUACAUUGGUGCUGGGGCUAAAAGAGUGCGAAAGCUCUUCACUGCAGCAAGGAAACGAUCUCCCUGCAUAAUAUUCAUCGAUGAAAUUGAUGUCAUUGCUGGGAGCAGAAACACAAAUGAUCCAACAGGGCAAAGGCACACCCUGAACCAGCUACUCACUGAGCUAGAUGGCUUCAAGCAGAACGAUGGGAUCAUGGUGGUUGCAGCGACCAACUCCCUUGAUUCACUAGAUCAAGCCCUUGUUAGGUCUGGGCGUUUUGACCGUCAUUUUAAGAUUUCUUACCCAGAUCUUGAGGGCCGACGACAGAUCCUUGAGGCUCAUAUGUCAAAGGUGUUGAGAGCCACUGAUGUUGAUUUGAUGACUAUUGCGAAGGGGACUCCUGAUUUCUCAGGUGCAGACCUCGCAAACCUGGUGAACGAAGCUGCUUUUAAGGCUGCUAUGGACGGAGCAGAAGCUGUUGUGAUGGCCCACCUCGAGUAUGCUACGGGCAAACUCAUCAUGGGAAGCGAGCAAAAAUCGGCAGUGAUGCCCGAUAACUGCAAGAAGAUGAUCGCGUACCACGAGGGAGGGCAUGCCAUUGUCGCUAUCCACACGGAUGGUGCUGAUCCUGUCCGCAAUGCUACCAUUGUUCCUGGGGGAGAUUGUCUUGGCAUGGUGACAGACCUGGUGAAUGGAGAAUAUGAGUACAGAUACACAAUGAGGAAGAUGCUAGCAGAAUUGGAUGUGUUCAUGGGAGGCCGGGCGGCCGAGGAGCUUAUAUUUGGAGAGAGCGAGGUGAGCACUGCCGCCUUGUAUGAUCUAAAGAAGGCUACUAAGAUCGCAACAUACAUGGUCGCAAGAUAUGGUAUGAGCAAGGAGGUGGGCCUUGUUUCCUACGACGAUGUCUCCAGCUGGGAAUCGUCAGCCCUAGUUUAUGGUGAGGUCAAAGUAUUAUUGGACAAGGCUUACACAAACGCGAAAACUAUUCUCACGACACACAAGCGGGAGCUUCAUGCUGUAGCCAGUGCCCUCCUGAAGGAUGUAACUCUCACAGGAGACCAGAUCAUGACCCUAUUGAAGGACGGAACUCCCACAGGAGGAGACGACCAGACCACUGAACAGCAGGAUCAGGAAGCACCUUCUUCAUCCUAAUGACUGAGGUCCUAGAACGUUUUUUCUUCUUCGGUUUCAUUAGCUGCAUACAAACAAAUGCAAAGAAUACUUACGAUCUGGAUUUGU